AUGAUCCUUGCCUGGAGUUGUUUUUGCCCUGUUGCCAGCCCGUCGAGCAGGCUGCAGCAACUUGUGUUGCCCGUAUCACCACGCACCGGGGCUAUCCCCACAUCCAUCCAGGAACCACCCACACUAAAACGACGCCGUCAGUCUAGGCCUUGUGGUGGUCCGAACCUUGACGGAAUUAUGCCCUUUGCAGAAGAGGCUGGCGUGCGAGGCGGGAAUUACGAUGCGCGCCGUACCACUGCUGAUCGGCAAUUGUCCCUGGCCACUUUCACCGGCCACUUUACGCUGUGCUACCUGUCCAGUAUGUAUCCUUGA